UCACUCUCUGGCGCAUGCGCCUUUUCUCCCCCAACGGCCUCCCGGAGUUCUAAGGAGCGCACGCGCGUUUCCUCUUCGGGUCUCAGUAGUGGAGCAUGUGUUUUCGUUGCCGUUGAGGUGGGAAGCCUGCGAAGAAGUCCCGGAUGUACACGACUUCUCAAGGAGCUGUUCGCCCCACGUUAGGCGCAUGCGCAUUCUGCGGAGCGUUGUUUCCUUGGCAGCUGUUGUUUGUUUUCGGCAAAAUUAGCUUAUCCGCAUUCUUCUUGAAUUGUGGACAUCAGAACUGGACACAGUAUUCUAAUGAUGAUCUGUACUAGUGCCAGAUGAAAAGAAUGCCGAACUCUGAGAAAGAAAGGUGUAGUGUAUUGAGCCAUUCUUAAUAUAGGACUGAAAAUGCCACCAGCGGAGAGUGAGGCAAAGGCAAAAACCAAGGUUCGCUUUGAGGAAAUAUUCAGGAGUCAUUCUGGGCUAACAGAAAAAAAGAAAUCAAAGAAGCAAAAAUUUCACUCUCAUGAGAAUAUUGUGCUUGACACCUUUAGAAAUAAUCUUGAUCUAGCUAAGGAAAGUGGAAAUGAUGAGGUAAUUAUAAACAACACUUAUAAUCCUGAGGAAAAGAGCCCCCGGUUUACAAAAAACAAACUAAGAGACAAAUCCUCAGUUUCAGAAAAAAUAAACAAUGUUGUUGUUAGUGGAGAAGAAAACAAGCAACCAAAGUCUAACAAGAAGAAAAAGAAAGCAGUGUUACAAGAACAAUUUAAUGAGGAGGAAAAUGUAUAUGAAACUAAAUUGGAGAGUUUUGAAACACAGAUUACUGAUUUGCCAACGAAAAAAACAAAAAGUAAAUCACAAACAGAUGCAUCUCGUCGUGAAGGUAACAACAAGAUAAAAAGUACCUUGAAUGAAGUGAGAGAUGUAACUGAAUUAGAAGAGGAAGAACAGCUAAUUCAAGCCUAUCAGCUGCAAGUGGCUGAGGAUGAGGCAAAUAUAAUUAAGGAGAAAAUAAGAAAAAAACUUAAAGAACAGAUGUCUGAAUUCACCUCCAGUGUUCAAAGCCAAAAAGUUGUAUUGAACAAUGAGGUGGGCAAAAAGAAGAAAAAGAAGAAAGAAGUGCCAGUUGUAUCUGAAGCUGAAACAAGUGUGAUGUCCCUUGCUGAACUACAGCAUAACCCAAUGGAAGAUAAUACCAGAAAAAAUAAGUCAUCAGGAAGACUGCUUGCAUCAUAUUUUAAAGAUGAAAUGAACACAGAGGAACACGAGGAGGAGGAAGAUGUGGAAAAACUGAAACCUAAAAUAAAGAAUGCAAAAAAGAAAUCUAAAAAAGCAUUAGAAGAAAAUACAGAAAUUUCUGCAGAAAAUGUACAGGAAAUGAACAGUCCAGAAGUUUGUACUCAAUCCAAACUUGCUUUUGAUGACAGCCUUGUGUUAGGGGUUUACAUCCAUCGAACUGAUAGACUUAAAACUGAUCUCAUGGUAUCGCAUCCCAUGGUCAAGAUUCAUGUGAUUGAUCAGAAAACUGGUUUAUAUGUCAAGAAAGAGCAUAGCAGCCGAGCGGUUUCAUCUUUUUAUGAACAAGAGCGAGUGGAGCACGUUCUUCCUAUUAUGACCCAGCCUUACAAUUUCCGACAAUUUAAAUCAACACUUCCAGAAUGGGAGGAACAAAUCAUAUUUAAUGAACGUUUUAGUUAUUUCCUUCAAGAUGCUGAAGAAAGCCCCAAAGUAGUCCUGUUUUUUGAGAUCCUUGAUUUCUUAAGCAUGGAUGAAGCAAGAGCCAACUCUGAAGUGCAAAUUCAGGAAAGUGGUUUUCGCAAAAUCUCUUGGGCAUUUCUAAAGCUUGUAGGUGCAAAUAGAGUCCUAAACAUUGAUGGGAAACUACGUCUGCAAUUAUAUUAUCCACCUCCAAGGACCAGGACACAGUCAAAUGUUGUUGAGGUUUUCGAUUGGUGGGCAAAAGGUCCUAGAAAUCGUUACCCGUCAACAUUAUAUGUAACUAUAAAAGGCAUAAAACUACCAGAUCAUGUAGAUCCUUCUUUCCGUUCUAUGAUGGCUGUUCAGCAGGAACAAGGUAGCACGUCAUUCUGUGAGCUCCAGAAUGAGGUAUCAAAAAAAGCUAGUACAUAUAGUCCACGUGAGAAAAAGGAACAGUUGAAAUGGACGAGACUGCCUGGACAGGCUUGUCGUAUACCAAACAAGCAUCUCUUUUCACUGAGAGCAGGAGAUAUGGGAUGUUUCUGUAUUCGUUUUUCUCAAGAUGGAAAAACAUUAGCAGCAGCCUGUGCAGGGAGGGAUGGUUAUCCCAUUAUUUUAUAUGAGAUUCCUUCUGGACAAUAUUUGAGAGAAUUUUAUGGCCACCUUAAUAUUGUAUAUGAUCUUUGUUGGUCAAAAUAUGAUGAGUACCUCCUUACUGCAUCCUCUGAUGGCACUGUCAGAAUGUGGAAAAUUGAGACCCAGGCUGCAACUUCUGUGAGAGUUUUCCCUCAUCCUUCAUUUGUUUACACUGCAAAGUACCAUCCAGUUGCUGACUAUCUUGUGGUGACAGGAUGUUAUGACUCUGUGAUUAGGGUAUGGAAUACAAAAGUGAAAGAGAUUUAUGGUCAGUUGCUGCAGGAGUUUGAUGGUCACAAAAGUUUCAUCAAUACACUGUGUUUUGAUGCAGAAGGACUUCACAUGUUCUCAGGAGACAGCUCAGGGCUGAUUAUAGUUUGGAAUACCUUUGUCAAAGGAAGUUCUCAACAUCCAGUCCAACACUGGGGUAUUAAUAAGGAAAUAAAAGAAAACGAUAUUAAAGGGACUCCAAUAAAUCAUUUAGAGGUACAUCCAAAUGGAAGACGUUUAUUAAUCCAUGCCAAAGACAGUGCUCUGAGAAUUAUGGAUCUCAGAAUCUUGGCUACAAAGAAAUAUAUAGGUGCCACAAACUAUAGAGAGAAGAUUCACAGUACCUUAACACCAUGUGGGUCAUUUCUUUUUUCUGGAAGUGAAGAUGGUAUAGCAUAUGUUUGGAAUCCAGAAACAGGUGAUCAAGUAGCCAUGUAUUCUGACCUCUCCUUCACAUUUCCAGUUCGAGAUGUCGCCUUUCAUCCACAUGAACACAUGGUGUCAUUUUGUGCCUUUGGUCAAAAUCAGCCAAUACUUGUGUACAUUUAUGAUUACAAAGUUGCACAGCAGGAGGCUGAAAUAGUAAAAGAUCUCAAUGGGUCACUCACAUCAACAACACCCAGAGGGCCACAAAUUCUUAGCAAUUCUUCUCAUAUUUCUGCACAGAAAGAUUCAACAGUGUCUCCAGCAGAUCAGUUUGUCCGUGUUGCAAGAGUAUCUAUGAGAAUGCAGAAAGUGAAGCAGAAACUUGACUCUGUUAUGACCAGCUCAAAUCUCAUGCUUCCGGCUCCAUCACUGCUCUCGCCACACUCCAAGUUAAGGCUGCCAAGUACUCUGGGCACUUCACUGAUUCCUCAGUAUCCUUUCACGUCUCAAAACGGGAGUUUCAGCCCAGUAGGAAGUCCUCUUAGCCGAACACCAUCAGUCAGACUACAGACGGUAGUGGCUCUUUAUGACUACACAGCGCAUCGAUCAGAUGAGCUAACCAUCCAUCGCAGUGACAUUAUCCAAGUGUUAUACAAAGAUAAUGAUAACUGGUGGUUUGGCAGCCUAGCAAAUGGACAGCAAGGCUAUUUUCCUGCUAAUUAUGUGGCUGGUGAAACUGAAUAUGAAAAGGAACAGUCUUCUGAAUUAGUACCAGAUCCUACUCUUCUACACAAUGAACAGACAGAAGCAGAAGUAAGAUAUUCAGCGCCACAUGGGAUGUCAGCAGUCAUCACCAAGUCAGGGGACCUGAAAUUUAUCUCAGAGCAUGACACAGAUAUAGACUCACCUGUGACACAAGUUACAAAGAAGAAGAAAAGGAUACUGAAGAAUGAAACAAUGGAAAAUCCACCAAAUGUAAUGGCUCUUGACACCCUUGCAUCUUCAAUUACCACUAACAGUGUUGAAAACAAAUCUAGAACAGAUGGUUUAGAACUGAAGAAGAAAAGAGCAGUGAAAAACUCAAGUGCAAGUGGAAAAACAAAUGUUGCCUUUGAGCCUGACAGUUGAAGUGUAGUCAUCAUUUAACUCCAGAUAUAGGUGGUGCAUUCAGAAAAUUAUAUGCAAAAAAUGGAUUUGAAUGGGAUUUAUGCUGAAAUGAUAAUCUCACUUUCAGGAUAAAAAAACAUUGAAAACCAAAACAUUAAACAUAGACAAACACACAAAAUUCCCCCAUGCUCCUGUCAAGACAUGCCAUGUGGUGUAGAACCUAAUUCUGCAAGGAACCUGGCACCUCCAGCUCUUACUGAGGUUAACGAAACUUGAGUAUCCAGCACUUCACAGGAUUGGGCUCCUGGACAGUUCAAGCCUGAAGUUUAACGUUCAUAUUUCCCAAGAGCAGCAUUUACAGGUGCAUUCUGAAUAAUCCAAGUCCCGAUUCUGAUACCUUUCUCAUGAUGACUAGAAUUUUACUGUUGGAAAGAUUCCCAUUGACUUCAAUGGGCGUUGGAUCCAGGCCAUUUUUGAGCAUGAGCAAAAGUGGUAGAGUGAAGUCCAAAGUUGUUAGUACUCUGUGACCUAAAAUGAAACAAGCUUGACCAGGACAGAAGGUUUUGUGUUAGCAAUUUUGAUUUUCUUGCAAAAAGGCAGACAGUAUUCUGUAUGUAGCAUGUGCGCACUCUGAAAGAAUCUUACACAGGUCUACAUGAAAAUACACACUUUUUAUGUCUCUCUGUUGUUGACUAUUCACUUUGGACUAGAUUUUGCAAUCCUUGUUUAUAUUGGUGAACACCUGCUCGUGCAAGUAAAUUGACUUCAGUGGACCUACCUGUGAAUAAAGCUCACCAACAUGAGUAAAGAUUGCAAAAUUCAUCUUUUUGGUACAUUGAUUUUUAAAAUGAAGGCUUUUUAUAAAUAUAUAAAUGUGCACUAAAACUUGGUAAAACUCGGUUUUUGCUGCACUCAGAGCAGCAUUGCCAAAUAUAUUUUGCUUUAUUUUGAAGAAACUUUUCAUAUCAAAAUGGGUAGUUUAUUUUAUGCUGUGUGUAGUAUUUAUUUCCUUUAUGUGUUUAGUUUAUCUAUUUUUGAAAUUAAUAGCACUAUGUUGUGAACCAUUAUUAAUUAUUUCAAUAACUUCUUACAAUACUAUCUUUUUACAUUUGACAUUAAAUGAAAUACUUUCCAUCA